AUGCGGCAGUGCCGGGCCGCGGGGCUGGCGGGGCUGGCCGCGGUGCUCCUGGGUGCGCGGGGCUGCCGCCGGCGGGGCCGGACUGCGGGGGCAGCGGGGGCCUGGACCGCGCUCAUCUCUGUCCUGGCUGUGAGCAGAGCCCAAGUACAGCCGUCGGCAGUGACCAGCGAGGACACCGGCAUCAACAUCACUUGCUCACUUCCCCAUAUACAGCGCACCGAUUUCAUUUACUGGUACCGCCAGUUCCCGGGUCGGGGCCCCGCAUUCAUCGCGUUCAUUCACGAAGGCUCCAAGGAGCUGCAUGACUUGGCUGGGCGGCUGUGGGUAUCGGCAGACCGCCGCUCCAGCACCCUGUGGCUCGCCCGGCCCCGAUACGGGGACGCGGCGGUGUAUUACUGCGCCCUGAACCCACGGGGUGUGGAGUCGGGUCUGCGGCAUAGCAAGAACCGCUUCGGGCGGGGCAGGGCGGGCGGGGGCACAGUGCCGUCCAGGCCCGCAGGGAGCGCUGCCACUCCUUCCACCGGGGCCGCCUCUCCCCUCCCGGCCCCGCCCGAGCUGCCAUUGCUGACAUGGAACGUGUCCCUCGCACUGCUCGGCAUCCCCCAGAGUAAGGGAUUCCAGCUGCGCACCUUCAUGAGCACGGCAUGUCGAGAUCACAGACACCUUCGAGUGGUCCCCACUGUGGCUCUGUUUUAAGACCAUGCUUGUGUGACAGGAUUCGGGGUCUUUGGAGGUGAGGUCCAGGACCACUUUUUAAUUAAACCCCCAUGGACAACUCAGCUCCACACAGCCUCAGGGUCGCUGGGUGGGAUGGAGGAGAGAAUAAGGAAAGGUGAAUGCAAGACCAAGAACUCAUGGGCUGAGACAGUAUAUAAGGCAAGCUCAAUGACAAGCAGGCAAGUAAACCAAAACAAUGAAUUCAUUCACUACGUCUAAUCAGUAGGCAUGUAUGCAGGCACAUGUUCAGCCACUUCCAGGAAAGCAGGGCUCAUCACGCAGAACAGUUUCUUGGGAAGACGAUCACCAUCUCUCCAAACAUCCCCACUGUCUUUCUUCUUCAGCUUUUGUUGCUGAGCAUAACCUCAGAUGGCAUGGAAAGUCUUUGGUUGGUUUGGUCAGCUGUUCUGACAGUGUCUCCUCCAAGCUUCUUGUGAAUGAAUCCUCACUGUCAGAGCGGCAUCAGAGAGAGGAAAAUCCUUUAUUCUGUAUAAACACUGCAAUGACUACAAUCCGGAUGAGGUGAUCAGAUAAGAACUUGGAGUAGGUGCACUGCAACCCCAAGAGAUGCCAGGUUCAUACUGCAGGAUGGAUCGACUCAGAGAGUUGUGCAACAUUAUUCUAAGCAGUUGAAUGUCUGAGGUUAGCGAGAGGUGGAACGAUGCCUCUGGAAAGAGGCUCUGAGAUCCAGAUGGUCACAGGGAAAAUCUGUCUAGCUCCACCAGCUGACCCAGCUGUUUAAGCCCAUGUUCAAAGGCUUCAGAAGCACAGAGCAAAGGAUCAAAUCCUAAACGUUUUCCUUCCCCUAAACAUCCCAUGUCCAGUGCAAUUCCCAAAUACAUUUCUACAGCAUCCCAUACAGAAUCUGAAGUGUGAGAGUUGUACUCCACCUCAGGGUUGAGGUAAGGACAGGGCAUGUGUCAGAAAGAGAGAUGGGACAGAGAGAAAUGGAAGAAGGGAAAGAGACGGAGGCACAUAGAGAAAAGCACCUCCAAGAGGUACUGGAAGGUGGAUGAGAUGAACCAUUCCUGCCUGGGUGGAACAAGAAAGCCAUGGUCUGGAUCCCACCUGGAGGUGGAAUUCAGGUCUGUCCUCAUGCUGGGAUGGACCCUAAGAUCCAUGAGGGAGGACUCGGGGUCCUGCAGGGAACACAGAUAUUUGAGACAGCAAAUAAUAGUAAACACUUUGAAAAAGACAGGGCAGAAAUGGACUCAUUCAGGAAGGAGUUUCUACGGGCCUGAAUAUA